UCACGCGGCGUCUGAGGGGCGGUGGCGGCGCUGCCGCGUCCUGGCCGAGCCCGCCGGCGGCGGAGAGCGGCAUAACCGCGCCGAGCUGCCGUGGCUGGCCGCGGCGGGGAGGCGACGGUCGGGGCUGCAGAGGGGACGCGCCGAAACGCGCGUGUUGGACGUGGGGCUAACGCCAUUACACGUGUCUACACUGGGGAGAGGAAAUUGGGUUCCCAACCAAACUUCCCUGUGCUCAUGCAAGCUUAAGUAGUGCAUCUGUAAGAAAAAAUAUGGAUUUGGGAUCACAUUCCAGUUUAAACGAGCAACUGCAAAAGACGGGAAUUCCGCCUGGAUCACAAGAUAAAGUUUCAGUUACUGAUUCUGGACCAAAAAUGGCUGAACCUCAGUUGGCUGUGGAUCCUGUAGCAACAUCAAACUUGUCUGCUAAAGCACCUGAAUUUUAUCCAUCGGGGUACAACCAGAACUUCAAUCAGAAUUUCACAGAUUCUUCCUUUGAAGAUAGAUGUGAUGGCUAUCUGACCCUGGCAGAAUAUGUACAAGACUUCCUAAAUCACCUCACGGAGCAACCAGGUUGUUUUGAAACGGAAAUAGAACAGUUUGCUGAAACACUGAAUGGCUGGGUUAUUGCAGAUGAAGCUUUACAAGAACUUGUUGAACUUGUCUAUCAGCAGGCCACCUCUGUGCCAAAUUUUUCUUACAUGGGAGCACGGUUGUGUAACUAUCUAUCUCACCACCUAACCAUUAGUCCACAAAGUGGGAACUUCCGACAGUUGCUGCUUCAAAGGUGUCGAACAGAGUAUGAAAACAGAGAUGAAGCUACCAAAGGGGAUGAGACUACUAGAAAACAAUUUCAUGCCUUUGUGUUGUUCUUAGCUGAACUUUAUCUUAACUUAGAGAUUAAAGGAACAAAGGGACAGGUUACACGGGCAGAAAUUCUUCAAGAAGGUCUUCGGGAAUUACUGAAUGCGCUCUUCUCUAAUCCUUUGGACAGUAAUUUGAUAUGUGCAGUGAAACUGCUGAAGUUGACCGGUUCCGUUUUAGAAGAUGCCUGGAAAGAAAAAGGAAAAAAUGAUAUGGAAGAAAUUAUUCAGAGAAUUGAAAAUGUUGUGUUGGAUGCAAACUGUAGCAGAGAUGUGAAACACAUGCUUCUGAAACUAGUAGAACUGCGAUCUAGUAACUGGGGUAGAGUUCAUGGAACAACUCCACAUGCAGAAGCUACCCCUGAAAACGACCCAAACUAUUUUAUGAAUGAACCAACAUUUUACACUUCUGAUGGCGUUCCUUUCACUGCAGCAGACCCAGAUUAUCAAGAAAAAUACCAAGAGCUGCUUGAAAGAGAGGAUUUGUUUCCAUAUUAUGAAGAAAAUGGAGCAGAUCUGUCAGGACCUGGAGAGCUGUAUUUUGAUGAGAUUGAUGAUGAGAUGGAUCCAGAAAUUGAAGAAGCAUUUGAAAAAUUCUGUCUAGAAUCAGAACAUAACAGAAAACAGUGAGAUUUUAUGUAUUAAUGUUAGUUUAUUUAACCACUUUAGGUAUGGUUAGAGUGAAGGGGGACACAAAACAUUUGUACCAAAAUGAGAAACUUGAGUUUCUCCAAGUACUAAAGUUACACAAUUUCCAUUUUGUUUAACAGAACCUGCCAAAAAAUGUAAACUUAUGCCCUUUAACUUAAAGUGUUGUGUAUAUAUCAUAGUUUAUUUUGUGAAAAAUGUUUUUGAACAAUGUUUUGGCUGCAAUAAAAAUUAUUUAAAAGUUAUAAUUGAAAUUAAAAUUUAAUGGGGAAAUGUCCCGUAAAACUUCCCUUGAGGAAGAAAGGGAAAGAAUAAUAAUCUGAAUUUGCUUGCUUGUUUGCUUUAGUAUAUAUUGGGAUUUACUCAUCCUAUUUACUAUAUACAAUAUAUCUUGCAUUUACUUCCUCCACUUCCCCCCAAGAAGAAUAUGAUCCAAAUAAGAAAGAAAUUUUUUUUUCCCCAUUUAUCACAAUCAAGAAAAGGGGCUUGUGAAAGUUUUGUGUAUGAAUUUUUGUUUUGUUAAUUUCCUUUUUCUUCUUUCAAAACACACAUGGGUGAGGUCUGGACUUUCUUUUUUCCUGGAAUAAAUACGUUACAUGUUGAUAUGUGAAAAAGCAAGCAGUAUUUUUGAAGUGAGGUGCUUUCAAGAUCUUUGGUUCAGAUAAGCUUAUUUUCAAAUCUACAAGAAAAACCUAUUCUGUAAUUUGUUGUGUUCUUCAAGGCAAUAGUAAUACAGUUAUGUUCUAAACCAUGCUUCUCAAGAGUAUGUGCACUGCUUAUUUUCUUUUGCUUUUUUCUUUAGUAAUGUAUCUAACAUGUCUAACCUUUCACAACCCUUGUAACUUUCUUUUAUUCUUCUAAUUUUAUGUAGUUUGAUUUAAUUUUGUAGUUGGAGUAAAUUCAUAUAUUUCAUAAAUGUUAACAUUCUGAAGCCAACAGAAUUUUUUUUUGACUUCAUAAAAUGAUGUUAGUUUUCCUAGGAUACUCCAUUGUUCCUGUUGCCAAACUCAGUUGAACUGUUUCCUACUACCUGUUGCUGGUUAGACUUGAGUAGAAAUCCUUACCAAAAACAAACAUGAAGUAUUUCCCAACAGUUAGCUACUCUAAAGAAUACGCAUUGUAAAUAUGCAUGUAAAUAAUUCUGAUAAUAUUUCAUUGCUAUUUGUUAGGUUAAAUAAGUUGUGCAUCUGCUAGUAGAGUAAGCAGUGGCUGUUUUGUGGAUGUUUAUUUAACAUACUUAUUUAGGAGUUACAUUCUUACUUGGAGUUUUGGGAAAAAAAGUUUAACUAGCUUUAUUUCCUUUGAUAUAAUAUCACUACCUUGUCUUCUUGCUUUAAAACAAAAACAAUAUUUUAUCUUCUUCUAUCUCUCCUUUACUGAGCACUCCUUUCUUUUCUUCAAAGUACACAGUUGCAGAGUUGAUUAUCUUUUGAUUCUUGCUGGACAAAUAAAAUGUGUCAAAAUGCA